AUGCGAUCUGAUAUACCUUCUAUUACUUCAAUUGGUGAAUGGUGGUCAAAACUACAACAAAAUGUGAAAAAAUCAGAACUGAUAAUGUUUGCCUUCAUCUUAUGGUACUUAUGGAAGGCACGUAAUGUCAUUUUGUUCAAAGGUGAAGAUUGGUCGACAAUAGAUAUUGUUUCAAAAGUGAAUUGCCAUUAUCUCGAAUUCCUUGAAGCAAGUAAUUCAGCGGGGGAGGCCUCAAAUUUAAUACAUCAAGCUAACAACGUACCACAACAGAUUGGUUGGACUCCUCCCCCUCAAGGUACAAUCAAGCUGAAUUUUGAUGCGGCAUUAAAUUCAAGUAAUCAUGUUGGAUCUAUUGGUGUGGUAUGUUCUAAUUACUCUGGUAGUCCAAUUCUAUGCUUUGCAAAAAAAAUAUAUGGUGCUUUUUCACCAUUAGCUUUAGAAUCAAUUGCUAUGUUGGAGAGCUUGUUGCUGGCCAAGCGUAUGGCUUAUUCAAAUGUGCUCAUUGAAGGUGAUGCAAAAAAUGUGAUAGAGGCUGUUAAUGGAAAAUCACAUUCCGAUUCAAGUAUUGAGGUGGGGAAAAUCAUAAUCUCCUAUUGGAAUGGCUGA